AUGGAUCGACCUCGGACAGGCCUGGUUAGCACUGGCAAGACGUGUGACUACUGCGGCCGACUGUUUACAAAAACCAACCAUCUCGAGCGCCACCUAAGAUCGCAUACCAAGGAAAAACCCUUCCGAUGUGAUAACUGUGGCCGGCAAUAUAGUAGACAAGACUCCCUGCUUCGGCAUCAACGGACCCAUCGUCGGGUCCCUGGGGCUCCGCCUAGCCUACGGCCGGACGAAGGAAAUUCAGCCGACCCCUUAUGCGCCUCAGACAACAGCAGCGAUCAUCAUGCCUCCAUAGCAACACCUGCGGACUCUUCCUUGUCCAACACCAUAGUUGCGCCGACCCUAUCAUAUGACAUUGAGCUACCAGAUGAACUUUUAAGGGUUGUGGAUUUCGGGACUUCAGUCGACUUGUGCCUUCCCUCCAACGCCCUGCCGCAGGAUGUGUUUCUGGCGGCGUUUUCAUCAGACUAUGUGCUGGACGAUCUUCAUGUCGAUGAAACCACCGAUCUCCACAAAUCGACGGCCUCGUCCGACUGCAGUCAUGACCGCACCAACUCUGAGGUUCUCGCUUCCUGCGAUCUAUCGUCCUCUUCGGUCAAAUAUUUCGUGGAAUCGACCGGAGAUUUUCCGUCGGCCGCAACUACAACGUGCUGGUUUUCACAAUUGGGUCUCGAGCUCGCUGAAGAGGGUUCAAUCGAGAUUGACGCCAGAUGUGCGACCAGAUGUGCGACGGAGCUGAAUGAGCUCCUAGAAAUAAGUGACACAUAUCGACUUGAUCUCGGUCAUCAGUUAGGCUGGCUGCGGUCGCAAGAACCAUUGCCCUCAACAGAGUUUCUGAAUCUAUGUAUCCAAAGGUAUUUCACCUACUUCAAUCCGGCGUUCCCAGUUCUACAUGGACCGACAUUUCAACCAUCGCCGGAGAAGCGUCUGCUUCUUCUGUCCGUCUGUGCCGUUGGUAGUAUGUUCAUUGGGACCAUCGCGGCCGCUCAGAAAGGCGCCAUGAUCUUUGAACGGUUGAACCAGGCCAUUCAUGGGUCGGACCCCCACCACUUGGCUACAGUGUCCGCCUUCCAUGGCACAGGCAUUGCGAUGGCUCGGAGAGCGAAGAUUUUUGGGAUGGAGAACAAGCCGUUCUCCACGGAAGGCUUAGAAGGGGCGAAGCUCGCGGAGGCAUGGCACGCAUGGGCCCGGCAAGAGGAAAUCAAAAGGUCAAAGCAUUCUGUAACCGCGUUGGGCCUUUUUGUACAUGACGCCGAAAUGUCCACUCUUCUUCACGACGAACCGAUUCUGCGACACCGGGUGAAGACGAUCCCCUUAGCAUCCUGCACCGACCCAUUCUCCGCUCGCGCCGCCAAUACGUGGGCUCAACUAAUCAAGCAGGACCCGAGUGCUGCUUCCACAUACCCUUUAUGCUCGCAUACGGGGGGUGGUAACACUACGACCGCCGACUCUAUACAGGUGUCGGAUGAGCGAUGUUCGCACAGCAUGUUUACCGCCUAUAUGCUACUAGAAGGCAUCGGCGCUUCCAUCUGCGAAGACCGCGUCCUCGACCAACUCGAUCACGGGACUACUCAACGGUAUCAGCGCGAUCUGAUGUCGUGGUAUUCCCGCUACCGCAGACCGAUCAUGGAGCGGUCUGACCCCCUGUGCCUUCUGAUCCUAUGGCAUACUAUCUGGAUGUCCUUGCUAGCAGAAUUCCAUGGCUUAGAAUUAGCGAUUGGGCAGGAAGGACCCAGCGCGGCAGCAUUGAGUAUGCCCGUGGCCGUUGUGAUACCGCGGUGGUCCGUCGCUACGGAUGCUCAACGUUGCUUGCUUCAUGCUCUCCUCCUGCAGAAGCGCCUUGAGUCGGUGCCCAUGGGGCGCGCUAAGGCUAUCCAUGUUCCUCGGUGUCUCUUUGCCGCCGCGGUCGCUUGGGCCGGCUACCUGGCCUGUUCCAGCAGCAAUGCCAUCCAGGGCCCAUUAUGGUCGUCAGUCGAGCCACUAAUUUCCUGGCCGGAGAUACAACUUCUGGCCAGUGAUGUGGACCUAGAUUGUUUGCAAACCUUCGGGUCGCGUACCGGAAAUCUCGCCUUUGUCAAGGCCAACACCCUCUGCAUUUUGGUUGAUCUGUUACGACAACUGGGUUGCUGGGGAAUCGCGCAGAAAUUUACGCAUGCUUUAGAGCCUUUGAUUCACCCAGCUGAAGGAUGA